AUGUCUUAUUCCAACACCCUCAGCGGCCGCAUGGAGGAGUUACGCUUCCCCAGCCUACGAUCUCCAGAGCCAGAAGGCCCGCUCAGUCCCAUUAUCUCUUCGACGCGAGACCCAAAUCCUUACUUCUCGAACAUACAUACCUCGUCCAACGAUGCCCGUGCUCACCUGCAACGUCGGUUCACCACCGACUCAAGUAAGAUGCCUGUAGCGCGGCCAUUCGGACAGCAGUAUACUUCAAUAACUCCCAGUGUGCCUAUUGUCGAGCUAGACUAUGGGUUGUGA